AUGCAAGACUCAGACACUGGAGAUGAAGACCCACCUCCCUCUGAAAAAGGUGGUUCUCAACAAAAUGAUCCAACAUACUCACCCUCACGGAAAUCUCUCUCAAGAACAUCUGCCUCCAGCUCCAAAAAUGAAGAUGCAGAAGGUGAUGAUAACACCAAAGAUGAUGCUCCACCCCCUGAGACACCUAUGGAAAUGGUCAAAAGGAACAUACCCACCUCCACAAGACCACCCAAGAAGACCAACGUCAAAGUCAUCAUCCCCUCUAUUGUCCCAGCCCCAAAGUCAGCUGCCAAGCCCAAAAAACAACCCACCUCCACCUCAAAAAAAAAUCAAAAGAAGCCCAUUUCAACCAAAUACGUGGAUGAAUCCGACCUCACUGAAGAGGACCCCAUCUCACAAGAUUUUCCCCCUGAGGAUGACCACAUCUCACAAGACUUGGAUACCAGGAGCAAUGCAAUCAGUAGCCGCCAUGGUGAUGGUGAAGGCAGGUCACACCUCCCAGGCUACAAAACACGGCAGGAGCAGACCACCAAAAUGAUUUGCGAAAGCUGUUCCGGGGAAGUGGCCCAUCCCGAGAUUGGGGACACCUUACCUUAG